CACACCAUAUGAAUGCUGCUGAGUGUUUGCCUAUUAUGUUUUCAGUCGGGCUGCUGCUCCUGCUCGUGCCGCAGUAUUGUCGUGUCACUCAACUACUGCCCAAAGUUUGUUUUCUGAGCAUGAGGUUAUAGGCACGAAGCCAUGUCUGAAAUUAAAACGUGGGCUUUCUGGAGGGCAUUCCUCGCCGAGUCUCUCGGAAUGAUGAUCUUUGUCUUCAUCGGCCUCUCAGCUGCAAUUGGGGACAGGAAUAAUACUUACCCUGACCAGGAGAUAAAAGUGGCAUUUGCCUUUGGCUUGGCCAUCGCUACAUUAGCCCAGAGUAUAGGUCACAUCAGCGGUGCCCACCUGAAUCCUGCCAUCACCCUCGGCCUCCUUGCCAGCUGCCAGAUGAGUAUCCUCCGAGCCCUUUUCUACGUAAUCGCUCAGAUUUUGGGAGCAGUGGCUGGCAGUGCCUUUGUGAACGCUAUCAGGCCAGAAAUCAUUGAUUCACUCGGUGUUAACAAGCUAAAUGGAGUCAGCCCAAGUCAAGGUUUCGCUAUAGAAUUCCUGCUCACCUUCCAGCUGGUGCUGUGUGUGCUCGCAGUCACUGACAAACGACGUGAUGUAGCUGGAUUUGCACCUCUGGCUAUCGGACUCUCUGUAGGGUUGGGACACCUCGCCGGGCCAGAGAGGCGAGCGGUGUUUUCCUCUGAUAUGGUUUACAGAUCCGCUACACAGGAUGUGGCAUCAACCCAGCUCGAUCCUUUGGGCCUGCAAUUAUACUGCAGUCAUUUGAUGACCAUUGGGUAUACUGGGCAGGACCGAUGAGUGCCAGUGUGGUGGCCGCUCUUCUGUAUAAUUAUGUACUGACGUCCAGUCACGAGUCCUUCAGAGAAAAAACAAGAGCCUUGUUCUGCGGAGGCUCCUCGCCAGAAAGUGAGAAUCGGGAACCUCUGCUGGAGCAUGUUGAAGAUGUGAAAUGGUCCAAAGAGCCAGGAGUCUAAGUGGAAAAUAGGACAUUUUGUUUAAUUGUAUCCUAUAAAAUAAAUGUUUUCCUGACCUAA